GCAAGACGUGCGCGAACGAAGUGCGCGAGAGUUCUUUAUUGUAUAAAUGAUUAUAGUUAUCCUCCGUCUCCUCGCGCUCCGCCAUGCCGCUCAUGGUCACUGAUCACACCUGGAGUCAGACCGACAGCGCGCUCUUCAUCCGCGUUCCGUUAAAAGCCGUUAAACCGGCGAAAGUGUCCGUUAUGUGCACGGAGGAGUACCUGAAGGUCAGUUUCCCUCCGUUUCUGUUUGAGGUCUUCUUCUUCGAGCCCGUAGACGAAGAGAAAAGUGUCGCGAAGAUCGGAGAUGGGGUCGCGCUUUUCACACUGCCCAAAAAGACCCAAGGCCUCUGGGAGCAGCUGGGUCGAAACAUCGAGAAGGACAAACAGGGAGAGAUUCGAGACGCCGCCAUCGUCAAAACCCAGAUGAAGGAGAAAGAGAGAGAAGAUGCGAAGGCGUUGAGGAUCCGGCAGGAGAGAAAGUUCACACUGGAGACCAUGAUGAAGAUCGAGGAUGAGAAGCGAGACAGAAUCCAGAAGAUGAAGGACGAAGAGUGUGCGAGAGCUUUAAAGGAACUGGAGGCCUGGAAAGAGAAGCAGAAGGAAGCGCGAGAGGAAGAAGAAGAGACUCGACGAAGGUUACAGGAACGAGCUGCGCAGGAAACUAAACAAAUUCACCAGCACAGAAUGCCUGAGAAGGUUACAACACCUGGACCAAACCAGAGCAGAGCUGAAGCUGGGAAAAAGUCCAAACAGGCUGAUCUCCCUGCUCCCAGAUCAGCGGGCUGCAUUAAAGUCAGCUUCACUCCUCGCGUCUUCCCCACGCCAUCACGGGAGUCUUACAUCCCUGAGGAAGAGGAGUGGCUCAGGAAGCAGGCGGAGGCGAGACGGGCUGCGAACGCUGAUCUCGCCGAGCUGGGAGACCUGAAGGAGGAGGAGAGAAACACUGACUAUCUCAAAGAUAAAGGAGAUAAGUUCUUCACCGCGGGGAACUACCAGGCCGCGCUCAACGCCUACGACCUGGCCAUCAAACUCAACCGCCGCAUUCCUGCUCUGUUCUCCAACCGGGCAGCCUGUCACCUGAAGCUGAGGAAUCUUCACAAAGCCAUCGAGGACAGCUCUCAGGCGCUGGAGCUGCUCACGCCAGCCGUCUCUGCUAACGCUGCAGCGCGGAUAAAGGCUCAUGUUAGGAGAGGAACAGCGUUCUGUCAGCUCGAGCUUUACGUGGAAGGGCUUCAGGACUACCAGGCUGCUCUCAGGAUCGAUCCACACAACCAGGCUCUGCAGACAGACACCGAGAAGAUCCGAGAAAUCAUUCAAGGCACCAGACCUAGCUCCUAAUGGCCGACAGUGUCUGUGAGGAGAAAGAGAAAUGUCUGCUGUCAUGACUACUGAGUCUUAAGGCUGUUUCGUCUUGUA